AUGGCACUGUAUGCAACAACAAAAAUGAUCUACAUUUUAGUCUGGUUUUGGCUCAUUUUGGGUGCUGAAAGCAACAUCUGUUUGUCAAGCUGUACAGUAUCUGUUCAGCCUGGAGGAUCUGUCACCAUUCCAUGUCAUUAUGAUGAGAAAAACCUACCACAGAAGAAAUACUGGUAUUUAGAAAAUAAACCAUAUAAAAACACUAACACAAGCGAGGAGAAUCUGUCAGUAAUUGAUCAUCCUGAUCAGAGUCUCUUUACUGUGACUAUGAGGAACCUGCAGGAGAAUCAAACUGGAUUUAAUUAUUGUGUUGUGGAGACUGGAGGACGAGGGACUGUUAUAUAUAAGUUUUACCUCCAGGUUCAAAAUGUUCCUGAUGUGUCUGUAAUGUACAGCAGUGUAUCUGGACAUGAAGGUGGUGAUGUCAGUGUUCAGUGUCUCUAUGGUUCUGAUUAUAAAAAUAAACUCAAACGCUGGUGCAGAUAUAAAGAUGAGAGGUGUUUCACAGAGAAGAAGACUGACACAUUCCAGACUCCAUCAGUGCAGAUCAGUGAUGAUGGUGAAAGCUCCUUCACUGUGCUGAUGACUGGACUGAGACUCUCUGAUUCUGGAUGGUAUUUCUGCUUUGCUGGAAAUCGAAUCAUUCCUGUUCAACUUAACGUAACCUAUACAGAACCAGUUAACAUUAACACAGAUUUAAAUGAUAAAGACGGAGAUGGAAAAAUUUCGCCCAAGUGGUUUUUAGCUUUAGCCCCAGUUCUUCUGAUUUUAUUGAUUUUGGUUGGUGUUUGGAUAUGGAGACGUAGACCCAAGCAAGAUGAACACCAAUUAAAAGGAAGGGACAACAGCAGGACAACUGAAAAAAUCUCUUCUAAACCUGAUGAUCUUGCUAUAUACUGCUCUAUAAAUGAUGAAACUCCAUAUUCCAUUUCUCCACUGGAUCCCAACAAGAACAUGACCUACAGUACUAUUGAUUAUAUUCCUGGGAGUGAAGCGAAGAGUCUAGCAGGAGGAGAUGUUUACAGCACUGUGGGUCCACACUGA